ACGCGUUGCCUUCAGUUUUCGGUGGCCCUUGGGGCUGGGGGAGCGGUCAGGUCAGGUCAGCUGCUGCUCGUAGGCCACCGUUGCCGCUCUGCCGGCUACCGCUCCACCUCCACGUCGUCAACAGUUUUUGGACCCACACGGCGGCGCGCGAGGAAGACGUCACGCUCGGCUCGGUGUUUGCUGCGCACCUUUCUUCAUGCCCCCCCGUGGGCUGUGUCUGUGUGUGGCUGGCGGCUGAUCACGAGAGCUAGUACUAGUAGCAUCUCUUUCUUUCUCGUCGGAGAGCGAAAAAGGAGACGCAGAUGGCUGCUUUGGCAGGCAGAUGCACAUGACAUGGUGGCUAUCGGGCCUAGGUAAAAUCAUUUCGUGAUUGGUAGCGCCGGCAGCCUACUCGAUGGUAAAAAAAACAAAAACAAAAUGGGGUUUGGAAGUAGGCGCCUGUCGUUUCGUGGGUGUGUGUGACAAGAUGGGCAUUUUUCUUUAUGUGGAGGCAGUCGGCACGAUGUUGAUACGAUGAGUGCGAUUGGUAAAAAGCUAGCGUUAUUUAGCAAAACAGGAGAAUAUUUCUACCUUUUUUUUUCGAAACAAAAGACGAACAACGGUACGACGAGAAAGAGAGGGCACGCAAAACGCUAAAAUCAUUCGUCAUUGCAAAAGUUUUUUUUAAAAAAUAAUAAUUCCGCAGCCGUUCAAUACGCAUCCAUUCGUUGCCCCCAAUCAGUUCCUCUCUUCAACUUCCUGCUCCGGUCCUUUGUCUCAUCUCCGUUCUAUUCUACCGCUGUUUUUUUUUUGUUUUUUACUUUAGUUCCUCCUCCUCACUUCUUUGCUUCCCUAUAGCCCCCCGAUGCUUGCAAAAGCAGUGUCACCCGCCAUUUAUAUUUUUAUUAUAUGUUUAUGUUUGACCGUAAUUUGAAAUGGAACUGAAAGUGGUAAAGCGUGCAAGCGCCACUUCUGCUGUAUUCUGUCCGGGAGGUGUGUCGGAGAUGGAGGAUUUCCUGAACAAGUUCUUCCCCGGGUUGCUCAAGAGGACGGCGCGCGCCAACAAGGACGUGUACUGCAUUUACAACAACCAGGCGCUGACGGCCUUCACGUCGUCGCUGUACGCGUUCGGCAUGGUGGGGACGCUGCUGGCGAGCCGCGUGACCCGGCGGCUGGGGCGGCAGGCCGUCAUGCUGAUCGGCGGCGGCCUGUUCUUGGCCGGCGCCCUCGUCAACGCCGCCGCGGCCAACAUCGCCAUGCUCAUCGUCGGGAGGAUGCUGCUCGGCCUGGGGCUCGGCUUCUCCGGCCAGGCCACGCCGGUGUACCUCGCCGAGGUGUCGCCCCCGCGCUGGCGCGGCGGCUUCAUCUCGGCCUUCCCCCUCUUCAUCAGCGUCGGGUACCUGGUGGCCAACCUCAUCAACUACGGCACCUCGCGGAUCCCGGGCUGGGGCUGGCGCCUCUCGCUCGGCCUCGCCUCCGUCCCGGCCGCCGUCAUGGUGGUCGGCGCCGCGUUCAUCCCGGACACCCCCAGCAGCCUCGUCCUGCGCGGGAAGCACGACGACGCCCGCGCCGCGCUCCAGCGGGUGCGCGGCAAGGGCGUGGACAUCGGCCCCGAGUUCGCGGACAUCCUCGCCGCGGCGGAGAACGACCGCCGGAACGAGGAGGGCGCGUUCCGCCGGAUCCUGCGCCGGGAGUACCGGCCCUACCUGGUGAUGGCCGUGGCGUUCCCGGUGUUCCUCAACCUCACAGGGGUGGCCGUCACCGCCUUCUUCUCGCCGAUACUGUUCCGGACCGUCGGCUUCGAGAGCGACGCCGCGCUCAUGGGCGCCGUCAUCCUGGGCCUCAUGAACAUCGGCGGCAUCCUCGCGUCGGGCUUCGCCAUGGACCGCUACGGCCGGAAGCUGCUCUUCAUGAUCGGUGGCGCGCUCAUGUUCACGUGCCAGGUGGCGAUGGCGAGCAUAAUCGGAUCACACCUCGGCAACGGGAGCAAGAUGCCCAAGGGGUACGCGGUGACGGUGCUGGUGGUGGCGCUGAUCUUCUCGGCGAGCUUCAGCUGGUCGUGGGGCGCGCUGUACUGGACCAUCCCCGGCGAGAUAUACCCCGUGGAGGUGCGGUCGGCGGGGCAGGGCGCGGCCGUGGCGCUCAACCUGGGGCUCAACUUCUUGCAGGCGCAGUUCUUCCUGGCCAUGCUGUGCUGCUUCAAGUACGGCACCUUCCUCUUCUACGCGUCGUGGCUGGUUGUCAUGACCGCCUUCGCCGUGGCGUUCGUGCCGGAGACCAAGGGCGUGCCGCUCGAGUCCAUGGCUCACGUCUUCGCGCGCCACUGGUACUGGGGCAGGUUCGUCAAGGACCACCAGAAGUUGGGCGAAGAGUCCACCUAGCUAAGCUAAUAAUUCGGAAUCAGCGAACGACGUACCCUACUACCAGUAGCAGAUUAUUGAUAAGGGAGUCAAACACAUAUUGCGUGUGUGUGUCUUUUAAAGUGUUCGUUUAGAAUGGCUUGAGAAGCUCAUCCGUGUAGUAAAUUUGGAGACUUCGAAAUAUAAUAAAUAUGUUCGUAGUUGGCAAGCUAUAAGGAUAGUGAUGUAGCAAAUUGGCAGAUCGUAACUGGUUUUUUUGACAAAUCGUAGCUGGGAGGGUUUAUAUAUAGUUCCUUGGUUUUAUUCUGUAUUGUCA